AUGGCCCAGAUAAAGUUGUACACCAAGCACGGGACUUUGAAAUACCAGACAGACUGUGCCCCUAACAACGGCUACUUCAUGAUCCCCUUGUAUGAUAAGCCGACCAACGUGGAGCUGUACGUGGAUGGCGUCAGCGACAUCUGUACCAAAGGCGGAGACAUCAACUUCGUGUUCACGGGCUUCUCUGUGAAUGGAAAGGCGAGCACCACGGUGCGUGUGACCAACUCCAACGCCAAUGCCGCAGGCCCGCUCAUUGUUGCUGGCUAUAAUGUAUCUGGCUCUGUUCGGAGUGACGGGGAGCCCAUGAAAGGGGUGAAGUUUCUUCUCUUUUCUUCCUUCGUCACCAAAGAGGACGUCCUGGGCUGCAACGUCUCCCCAGUGCCUGGGUUCCAGCCCCAGGACGAGAGCCUGGUGUACUUGUGCCACACGGUCUCCAAGGAAGACGGCUCCUUCUCCUUCUACUCCUUGCCCAGUGGGGGCUACACUGUGGUCCCCUUCUAUAGAGGGGAGAGGAUCACCUUUGACGUCGCACCUUCCAGGCUGGACUUCACAGUAGAGCACGACAGCCUGAAGAUUGAGCCCAUGUUCCACGUCAUGGGAUUCUCCGUCACCGGGAGGGUCCUAAAUGGACCCGAAGGGGAAGGUGUCCCAGAUGCAGUGGUCACUCUGAACAACCAGAUCAAAGUCAGGACGAAGGCCGACGGCUCCUUCCGCCUGGAGAACAUCACGACAGGCACCUACACCAUCCACGCCCACAAGGAGCACCUCUACUUCCAGACUCUCACCAUCAAGAUCGCCCCCAACACGCCACAGCUGGCCGACAUCGUCGCCACCAGGUUCAGUGUCUGUGGGCAGAUAUCAAUCAUCCGCUUCCCUGACGCCAGCAAGCAGAUGGGUAAAUACAAAGUGGUCCUGUCGUCUCAAGACAAGGACAAGUCUUUGGUCACCGUGGAGACGGAUGCUCAUGGAUCUUUUUGCUUCAAAGCAAAACCAGGGACCUACAAAGUCCAGGUGGUGGUUCCUGAGGCGGAGACCAGGGCAGGGCUGAUGUUGAAGCCCCACACCUUUCCUCUCACGGUGACCGACAGCCCUGUGAUGGAUGUGGCCUUUGUGCAGUUUCUGGCCUCCGUGUCUGGGAAGGUCUCUUGUCUGGAUACCUGUGGUGACCUGCUGGUGACCCUGCAGUCCCUGAGCCGCCAGGGCGAGAAGCGGAGCCUGCAGCUCUCCGGCAAGGUCAACUCCAUGACUUUCACUUUUGACAACGUGCUCCCUGGAAAAUAUAAAAUCAGCAUCGUGCACGAGGACUGGUGCUGGAGGAACAAGAGCCUGGAGGUGGAGGUCCUGGAGGAGGACGUGUCGGCCGUGGAGUUCAGGCAGACGGGCUACAUGCUGCGCUGCGCCCUGUCCCACGCCAUCACUCUGGAGUUCUAUCAGGAUGGAAAUGGACCUGAGAACGUGGGGAUUUACAACCUCUCCAAAGGAGUCAACCGCUUCUGCCUGUCCAAGCCUGGUGUGUACAAGGUGACGCCUCGCUCCUGCCACCGGUUCGAGCAAGCCUUCUACACCUACGACACGUCUUCACCCAGCAUCUUGACGUUGACAGCCAUUCGCCACCAUGUCCUUGGAACUAUCACCACUGACAAAAUGAUGGAUGUCACCGUGACUAUCAAGUCCUCCAUCGACAGCGAGCCGGCCCUUGUCUUGGGCCCUCUCAAGUCUGCGCAGGAGCUGCGGAGGGAGCAGCAGCUGGCGGAGAUCGAGACCCGCCGGCAGGAGCGGGAGAAGAACGGCAAGGCCGAGGGCGGCGAGGGCAGGGCCCGGCCUCCGGGGCAGGAGCUGGUGGACGAGUUGCAGGGCCCCUUCCACUACGACUUCUCCUACUGGGCCAGGUCUGGAGAGAAGAUCACUGUCACGCCCUCGUCCAAGGAGCUGCUCUUCUAUCCCCCUGCCAUGGAAGCCCUCGUCAGCGGAGAGAGCUGCCCGGGGAAGCUGAUCGAGAUCCACGGGAAGGCGGGCCUCUUCCUGGAGGGCCAGAUCCACCCCGAGCUGGAGGGAGUCGAGAUCGUCAUCAGCGAGAAGGGGGCGAGUUCGCCCCUCAUCACCGUCUUCACCGACGACAAAGGAGCCUACAGCGUUGGCCCCCUGCACAGUGACCUGGAGUACACCGUGACCUCUCAGAAGGAGGGCUACGUGUUGACCGCGGUGGAAGGAACCAUAGGAGACUUCAAGGCCUACGCCCUGGCCGGAGUGAGCUUCGAGAUCAGGGCCGAGGAUGACCAGCCCCUCCCGGGGGUCCUCCUGUCGCUCAGCGGGGGCGUGUUUCGUUCCAACCUCUUAACUCAGGACAACGGCGUCCUCACCUUCUCCAACCUGAGCCCCGGCCAGUACUACUUCAAGCCCAUGAUGAAGGAGUUCCGCUUUGAGCCGUCCUCGCAGAUGAUCGAGGUCCAGGAGGGGCAGAACCUGAAGAUCACCAUCACCGGAUACCGCACGGCCUACAGUUGCUAUGGCACAGUGACAUCUCUGAAUGGAGAACCAGAGCAGGGGGUGGCCGUGGAAGCCGUGGGGCAGAAGGACUGCAGCAUGUACGGGGAGGACACCGUGACCGACGAGGAGGGCAAGUUCCGGCUGCGUGGCCUGCUGCCGGGGUGUGUGUUCCACGUGCAGCUCAAGACCGAAGGCAACGACCACAUCGAGCGGGCGCUGCCCCACCACCGGGUCAUCCAGGUUGGGAAUAACGACAUCGAUGACGUGAACAUCAUAGUUUUCCGGCAGAUUAACCAGUUUGAUUUGAGUGGAAAUGUGAUCACGUCCUCGGAGUAUCUUCCUACAUUAUGGGUGAAGCUUUACAAGAGUGAAAAUCUCGACAACCCGAUCCAGACGGUGUCCCUGGGCCAGUCCCUCUUCUUCCACUUCCCGCCCCUGCUCAGAGACGGCGAGAAUUACGUGGUGCUGCUGGACUCCACGCUGCCCAGGUCCCAGCACGACUACGUCCUGCCUCAGGUCUCCUUCUCCGCGGUGGGCUACCACAAGCACAUCACCCUGAUCUUCAACCCCACCAGGAAGUUGCCUGAGCAGGACAUCGCACAGGGGUCCUACAUCGCCCUGCCGCUGGCACUGCUGGUCCUGUUGGCUGGGUACAACCACGACAAGCUCAUCCCCUUGCUGUGGCAGCUGACCAGCCGGCUGCAGGGAGUCCGGGCUCUGGGCCAGGCAGCCUCGGACAACAGCGGCCCUGAGGACGUGAAGCGACAGGCCAAGAAGCAGAAGACGAGGCGGACGUGA